AGUGACCUUGAGCGUCUUCCCCUGUGCACCCGACACUCCGCCUUCUCCAUCCGGGUGCUGUGGCGAGGAUAAGAGCCGUCCCGCGCCUGCGCGCCCAGCCCCAUUCCUUCGACCUCUGCCGCCGCUGCCGCCGCCACCUCCUGGGAAGAGAGGAAGCGGGAGAGGAGCCCACGUCGCCUGUCACCUAGAUCCUCCAACCCCGCCGCCCCAAGGAGUCUAAGAUGUUCGCCUGCGCCAAGCUCGCCUGCACCCCCGCUCUGAUCCGAGCUGGAUCCAGAGUUGCUUACAGACCAAUUUCUGUAUCAGUGUUAUCUCGACCAGAGACUAGACCUGGAAAGGGCUCUACAGUUUUUAAUGAGGCCCAGAAUGGUGAACGUCAGCUAAUCCGAAGGGAGUUUCAGACCAGUGUAAUCAGCAGAGACAUUGAUACUGCUGCCAAAUUUAUUGGUGCAGGUGCUGCAACAGUAGGAGUGGCUGGUUCUGGUGCUGGUAUUGGAACAGUCUUUGGCAGCCUUAUCAUUGGUUAUGCCAGAAAUCCUUCGCUGAAGCAGCAGCUGUUCUCCUAUGCUAUCCUGGGAUUUGCCUUGUCUGAAGCUAUGGGUCUCUUUUGUUUGAUGGUCGCUUUCUUGAUCUUGUUUGCCAUGUAACAGAAAUUACUGCUUGAAAUGUUGGCAUUCAUAGUAAUUAUGGAUGUAAUUCUGUGUAUCUUACUGUGACUCCGAAAAACUGUAGUGUUGGUGUCAUGGAAGUGUACGUUAUUUCCAAAGUCAUUUCAUUAAAGAUGAAAACUUUAA